UAUGAGGAGUAUAAAUGCCGCCAGUGUCACGGGCCCUACAUUGGUGUAGCCGAGACACUGUCAGGACAACAUGUUGAUACUUCUCCUCUCCACACUGGCCCUUGCUGGGGCACAGCAUCGAAGCUUCGACGCGAACUACAACUUCGGACAGCUACAGCAGCCGAUUGAUACGGCCUUGGUCUUCGACUGUGGAAGCAACCCGAACCGUGCGCUGCAGAACCCAAAGUUCACCUUCCGCAGCACGGAUCCUAACGCGGACCCAAAUCAACAGAGCCUAACGCUUCCAGGUUCUUUUAUUCUCGAGGACUUUGAGAUCGAAGUGACGAAGCCGAUUGUCCGGCCGUUCUACGGGAGAGUUGAGGCCUGGAGGACCAUCUGGCUCCUGGGCGGCGCCUCCAGCACCAUUCAACUCGGGUGCAUCGGCCUCUCUACCGACAAUGUCGUAGGAAUAGACGGGUUUGGAACUUGCGACUAUGGGGAUCUCUGCGGGAUCCUGGACCUGAACAUUCCCAUUAACGACACCACGGGUCAGCCCACCUGCUUCCCCGAGGCUAUCAACCAGGGCAUCCCGGAGGACCAGUGCACGUGUGAGGGCAUCAUCGCUCCCAAGGUGUACGCCACUCAGGGGUACAACAGGCUGAUUGACUUCACCGACUUGGAGCCGGGAAUGCUCACCUUCCUAGCUGAGGGUGACUACGAAUUCAAGUUGAUCGCCGAAGACGAUCAGGGAAAUGAGGAGGCGUGUAUCGCCAUCAGGGUUCCUAUUAAAGAGUACGUGGAUCCCAACGACACUGGAGGCGGCUGGUUCUUCGGCAAGAGGCGCUAAACCUACCACUGACGUCAGCACAGGAUUCAGACGUCUGAACAGGGUUCAUGACGUCAGUGCAGGAAUCAUAACGUCAGUACAGAAUUCAUGACGUC